GAUAGUCAUACAGUGUUUAACGGUGGAUCCACGCUUGGUCUCUCUUGAAUCGCUUUCUUUCGGCCUUCCUACUUUAAAAUUUAAGUUCGUCAUCGCAUCAUAUACUGAAUCGCAGUCAACUGGGUCUCCAAACGCUCCGAUUGGGGUUUCCGGUAAAGGGUUCGUUUCAAUUUUACUCAAUUUUUGUUCUUCAUAUGGCUUCUUCUCAUAAUACUCAUUCCGAGACUGCAAAAGUUGAGCAAAUUCUUACUGAAUUCUUCCCUAAAACGCUACAAAUCAUACUUGAAUCGAGGUCCCCUUGUAUUUCAUCGCGUAAUUUCAGUGGUGAUCAAGUUUUGUGUUCUCCAUCUUCCUCCUCCUCCUCCUCUUCGAGUAUGAGGCCGAGGGAUAAGUGGUUCAAUUUGGCCCUUCGUGAAUGCUCCGCUACGUUAGAGAAUAUUGACCUCUGGCGUCCUAGCUAUCACGAACCCAUGGUCAUAGAUGUUAUUUUGGUGCAAAGGGAAUUUGGUUUAGACUCUGUCAAUGCUUCUCCCAGGAGAGAUCUUGUUAGGAACUUGUCUUUGAAAGAGAAACAUCCAUUUUCUUUGAAUUCUGAUAAGGAAGAGUUUGGAUGUCAAACCAAGAGUGAGAAGGUUGUAGAGAGAUGGAUGGUUCAUUAUGAAAGUAGGAAGAACCGGGAUACUAAUUCUGGCUGCAGAAGGUCUAGUAAUAGCACUGCACACACUUACAAGAAAACCAUUUUACUCUUAAGAUCUUUAUAUGCCUUUGUGAGGCUUUUACCUGCGUAUAAGGUUUUUCAAGAUAUCAGUUCAUCUGGUCAAAUUCACCCAUUUACUCUUGUUCAUCGUGUGUCGUCCUUUGUUGAGCCUUUCACUCGAAGAGAAGAGGCCGAAAUGCAGCGUUUCGUGUUCACUCCUGUGGACACUUCUUGUGGUAGACUCUGUCUCUCUGUGUUGUACCGUGCAUCGCUUUCUGAUAUAAGCUCUGAACCAUCAACUCCUAUGUCUCCUCAAGUUAUUCCUGAAUAUGUUGGGAGCCCAUUGACAGAUCCAUUGAAAAGGUUUCCAACACUCCCUGUAUCGAUAGCCCCAUCCCAUGGAUCUCCAUCGUCGUUACAAUUCUCGAGACGUCAUAGUUGGAGUUAUGACCGCUUUAGACCCUCCCCUCCUUCGGUCUCCUUUUCACCUUCGCCAACGUAUUCAGAAUCUCAUGCUUUAGUUUCAAAUCCAGCCUUUUGCCGCUUGCCUCCUUCGAGCUUACCUUCACAACCAGCUGAAAUGGCUAUGGGACAUAAAGAUAAUGUGAAUUAUGAUGAAUAUUAUCCUUCUCCUGUCUUUUCCCCCUCACCCUCAUUGUCGCCACCAAUUGGUAUUCCUGUAAGGCGAUUGCCGAAUGGUCUAUUGCAGUCUGAAAGUGCUCCUCAAAGUGCACCUAUAGCAAAGCUGCCCCAUUCCCCUGCAUUAUCAAGCAAACCGAAUUUGUCGCCAUCCUCUCCCCUUAAAGCUUCUGGGCCGGGUAUUCCAUUGCCCGCUGGCUCUGCAAUUAGAAAGUCAUUUUCUCUUGGAAGAGACGAAAGCCGAAGAAUUUCAGGCUGGAGGGUAUCAUCGAAUAACUCACCAAUUUCAAGAAGCUCCAGUAGAUCUUUUCCAGAUGAUCUUGAUGAUCCAGAGUUUCCUUGCCCCUUUGAUGUGGAUGAGGAUGAGAUGACGGAUAGAGGUAGCAGACCUGAAUCCUUUGACCAAAAAGGAAACAUUUGUGAGAUGCUGGAAACCGGGGGAUUCUUCCCAAUCCGUAAAUCUCAAGACGCUGCCGUUGGCGCUCUAGUACGUAUGCUUCAAAAAGCUCCACCACUUCGCCAGGACUUCACUGAUUCAGCCGCAGAUCUUGUACGACCCUCUACACCCGAUUCCCCAAGCAGAAAUCCCCAACAGGGAACUCAGAUAUCUAAAUCAUUGGCUUCAAAGGGCCGCUAUGCUGCCUCCUCUAGCAUCACAACCUCUGGUCUUUUUGUGCCUAAAACUACAGCUGAUGCAUUGGAAGAACUACAGAGCUACAGAGAGAUGAAAAAUUUGUUGCUCAAGCAAGCUGGAAAGACUCCCAUAUGAUCAGCAGUAGGUACCCAUCUAUGUGAAUAUUUAAAUCCUAUGAAUACAUGUACAGUAAUUUCCCUUUCCAAGUUGCAGCUCUGGUUGGCUUCCAUUUUUCUUCAUGUACAUAUUUAUAUAUUAUAUAUUUGGGGAGACUGAGCGUCAAGUAUAUGCAGUUAUGACCUUAUGAAUGACCCUCUGAGGGCACUUACAGCUAUAUCCUCUGUAAAUAAUGUAGUACAAACUUGCUAAAUCAUUGAACUCUUUAUUCUGUUCUUCAUUGGAAAUUUGAAGCUAAUUUCUUUAGUUUA